AUGGGUCUGUUACAGGGAUCAGUGUUGUUCGAAGAUGUAUCUGUGGACUUCACCCUGAAGGAGUGGCGGCUGCUGGACCCGGCCCAGAGGCUCCUGUGCAGGGAUGUGAUACUGGAGAACUACGGGCACCUGGUGUCCCUGGGGCGCUGUGUCGCCAGACCUGAGCUGAUAUUCAAGUUGGAGCAAGGAGAAGAGCCAUGGGUACCAAGGAGGGAACUCCCAAGUCAGAGCCCCCCAGGCGAGUUAACGAAGAAUGGGAAAGAGGAGGAAGAGAUUGGGAACAUGGAGAAUGGAAUGGAGUAA